CAAUCAGUAUACAGUCAGCAGACUAGCUAAGCAGACGCGCUCACCUUAGCAAACCGUAACUAAAAUUGUAAACGUUACUCUACCACUAUUUAUCGGGUCUAUAUAAAAAGUUCCGUUGCAUUCGCGACAAGAAUCAAACGUGCGACAGCGACUGCGAGUACAAGAACAAAAGCUUGUUUUCUUCUCUACAUCUCUAUACUCUGCUAUUAACCAAAGAUCAGAUCUACGAUGAGCCAUCACUGGGGCUAUACCGAAGAGAAUGGACCCGCACACUGGGCCAAGGACUACCCGCAGGCAUCGGGACAUCGGCAGUCGCCCGUGGACAUCACUCCCUCGAGUGCCAAAAAGGGCAGUGAUUUGAAGGUGUCGCCGCUCAAAUGGAAAUAUGUGCCGGAGGACACAAAGAGUCUGGUUAAUCCAGGCUACUGCUGGCGCGUGGAUGUCAACGGCGCCAAUUCUGAGCUAACUGGAGGACCGCUGGGCGAUCAGAUCUUUAAACUGGAACAGUUUCAUUGCCAUUGGGGCUGCACCAACUCGAAGGGGUCGGAGCAUACGGUCGACGGCGUCUCCUAUUCGGGUGAGCUGCAUCUCGUGCACUGGAACACCACAAAGUACAAGUCCUUCGGCGAGGCAGCUGCCGCACCUGAUGGACUGGCCGUGUUGGGUGUAUUCCUACAGCCGGGCAAUCAUCACGCAGAGCUGGACAAAGUGAGCAGCUUGUUGCAGUUUGUUCUGCACAAGGGCGAUCGCGUUACUCUGCCCCAGGGCUGCGAUCCUGGCAAGCUGCUGCCCGAUGUGCAUACGUAUUGGACAUAUGAGGGCUCACUGACCACGCCGCCUUGCUCCGAGUGCGUCAUUUGGAUUGUGUUUAAGACGCCCAUUCAAGUGUCUGACGAUCAACUGAAUGCCAUGCGCAACCUCAAUGCCUACGACGUCAAGGAGGAGUGUCCUUGCAAUGAGUUCAAUGGCAAGGUCAUCAACAAUUUCCGCCCUCCACUGCCGCUCGGCAAACGAGAGCUGCGCGAAAUUGGCGGACAUUGAUGAUUGGAUUGAAAGGGUCUUACGGUCAAAGUCAAAAUCGAAAUGAAUCGAGUCGUGUUGCUUAUAUUUGUAUAUAAAAAACCUUCAUGUACACAGCGUGCACCGCAUUUGCGAAUCGGAUGAGCUGCUCUGACCCACAUACCUCACCCACCACACCAUAUAUACCCCCAACUAUCCCACGCGCUGAGCAGAGCAUCAGAUGCACAUUGUUAAAGUCUCGUUUUAGUUUGUACUACUUGAUAAAGCAAACACUUUUACCUCUUGUUAUACAUAUAUAUAUUUACAUAUAUAGAUAUAUUAUAUGCGUAUUUGCUUGUAGCUUUCGUCUUGCACCUGUGUGAGUGCGUUGUACGUUUGUUUGUUAAACGUUUGCUAAAUGACAAUUAGAUUACACUUAAUGGUAUUACAUAACAAAUAUAUUAAUUUUAGAUGUUGCAUAUGGAAAAUGAA